UGGUUAGGGGCUGAGGCGCGGUUUCACGUGGUUCCGGCUGGUGAAAGAUGGCGGACGCUGAGGUGGUGGAGGUGAUCGGCAGGAUUCUAGUGGACGUGUCGAAGCCGCUGAAGGAGCGGUUCCGGGCGUUGUUCACCCUCCGCAACCUGGGUGGACUGGCCGCCAUCGAGUGGAUCUCGAAGGGGUUCGCGGACGAGUCAGCGCUGUUGAAGCAUGAGCUGGCCUACUGCCUGGGUCAGAUGCAGGACGAGCGGGCCAUCCCGGUGCUCAGGCGGGUGCUUCAGGAUGGUAACCAGGAGCCUAUGGUCCGGCACGAAGCAGGAGAGGCAUUAGGAGCUAUCGGAAAACCAGAGGUCCUUGAAUUAUUAAGAAAAUAUUCACAUGAUCCAGUGAUAGAAGUGGCUGAAACCUGUCAGUUAGCAGUGAAACGAAUUGAGUGGUUACAGAACAACAAAGAUCAGAGUGAAAGCCAAUUCUGUUCCAUUGAUCCUGCUCCACCAGCCUCCGAGAAAGACAUCAGCAAGUUGAGGGAAACGCUGCUGGAUGAAUCCUUGCCCUUGUUUGAUAGAUACCGAGCAAUGUUUGCCCUUCGGAAUAUUGGAAGCAAAGAAGCAGUAUUGGCUUUGGGAGAUGGUUUACAGUGUAGCAGUGCCUUAUUUCGACAUGAAAUUGGCUAUGUCUUUGGUCAGAUGCAACAUGAUUCCAGUAUUCCUCCGCUGAUAACAGCAUUGCGAAACAUGGAUGAAAAUCCCAUGGUACGUCAUGAGUGUGCAGAGGCUUUGGGGUCCAUUGCCAAAGAAGCGUGCAUGGAAGUACUGAAAGAGUACUUGUGCGACAAGGAACGUGUUGUGAAAGAGAGCUGUGAGGUGGCAUUGGACAUGCUUGAAUAUGAAAACAGUACUGACUUUCAGUAUGCGGAUGGCUUGGUCAAAUUACAGAGAAGCUGAUUUGGAGACUCUAACAUCAUCUUUAUGGGACUUAUGUUAAUCACUAAAAGACUGUUGGAAGCUUUUUGGGAUUUGAUGCAAUGAGUACAGUACUCAAUUCUUAGAACUUAAACUUUUUCCAGUUUGAGGCAUGUAUUUUCAAAUGUAGUUCCUGAAUUAUGUUGUAGAAUUUAAAACAAUACAUGGAGCGUUAUUUAUGUGUUGUGUGCCCUAUUACAACAUGGAUCGAGGACAUUUGACCCAUUAAGUCUAUUCUGGCUCUGUCUAUUUCUAAUCACUUCCCUGUUGUCAUCUUUAUGUUUCAUAUGACGUGGGUGAUCAUGGUCUUUCCAUGACCAUCAUUGUUCUUGGCAAAAAUUUUUUUUACAGAAGUGGUUUGUUAUUGCUGCCUUCUGGGCAGUAUCUUUACAAGACAGGUAACCCCAGCUAUUAUCAAUAUUCUUCAGCGAUUGCCUGGUGGCAGUGGUCACAUUACUAGGACUUGUGUGUUCACCAGCUGCUCAUAUAACCAUCCAUCACCUACCACCUGCUCCCAUGGGUUCUUGUGACCCUGACCCUGAUCGGGGGGCUAAGUAGGUACUAUACCUUGUCCAAGAGUAGCCUACAGGAAAACAGAGGAGUGCCUUAUAGCACCUUUGGUAGAGAUGCAUCUCCACCCUACUAAAUUCACCUUGUACUCUACUUCCCUGCCAUCCAGCCAGACUAGGCACAACUUACAGGAACUGAUUAUUCCACCAGCAUAUGUGAAGCAGCUGGGUGAGGUCUGUGAGGUGAUGGAGAAUGUGCAGAUUCUACACAAGCUGAGAUAACGGGGGAGAAUGUUGGAAGAGGUUGGGACACGAUAUAGUGAGCACAACAUUCUUGGCUUGUUACUUGCUCCAGUACAAGAGGCUCUAAACCCGGGUCAGAUGUACCAGACUUGGUCUUCAUCUUCUGUCUAAUUUAUUAAGGAAUUCAAAAUUGUGUUCAUUUCUGGCCACCUCAUUAUAUCAAGGAUGUGGAAGCUUUAGAGAGGGUGCAGGAUGCUGCCUAGAUUAGAGAACAUAUCCUAGGAAAGGUUGGAGCAAGGGAGGAUGAAAAGUGACUUGUGCAAGGUAAGUCAUUGAGUGGGUAGUUAGAGACCUGCACUCAGGGUGGGAAUGGUUAAUAGCAGGGAUGCAUAAUUUUAAGGUGAUUGGAGGAAUGUGUAAUGGGGAUGUCAGAGGUAAAUUCUUUACACAGAAUAGUGAGUGCGUGGGACACCCUAUCAGGGGUGGUGGUAGAGGCAGAUGCAUUUGGGGCUUUCAGAGAACUCUUCAGAUAGAAAAAUGGAGGGUGGGUAAAAGGGAACGGUUAGAUUGGUCUUAAAGUAGGUUACGGUCAACACGAUAUUGUGGGUUGAAGAGCUUGUGCUGUAGUGUUCUAUGUUAAAAUAAAAUCUGAAAUUGGCUUGAAUCUUAGUAAUACGUGUCACCAGGCCAAGGCCUGCUUAUUGGGCAACAGAUAUCUAGUUAACUUAUGGAAUGUAUGGUAUUCUGAGCCUGAGGCCUGUCAGUCAGUUGACCAUGAAUAUUGCAUCCUAGCUGUCUAGAUACGCAAGCCUGGGGCAGUACGAUAUGGAGAGCAAGCUGUUACCCAUGUAGCAAGCUACCCCUCUCCACAAAUCUGAUGAACCCAAAGAACUGGCGUAGCCGGGUAUGGUUUGGUACCAGCAGUGUCGUAGGAGUUGCCAGUCAGCAUUGAACUCAGUGCAGGACUGCUUUAGGGAUUCCAGCUCUGGAUUUUAACCUUGAGGUUUACUCCCGAACCCUUCCCCAUGAGAGGGUACAGCCACAAGGCAGCAGAGGUUUGAGAUCAGAGUUUUCCUUCUAGAUGAGCUGCCAACUAUGGCUGACAAGCCCAUCUCCCCAAAGCGACUGGUUUUAAGACACCAGUAAUCCCCCUUGUCCUGUCAGUAGAAACUGUUCCACCAGGCCAGGACCUGGACUUGGUUGUCAAAGGCUAUUUGAGGCACACACCAUUGGGAGCAUUUAUUAGGUAAUGGGAGCUUGUCCCCACUACCACCCUUGGCUAUAACAACCUUAAGGAACCAUAUUAAGGUGCAUGUUGCCACUGCUUCAAAUAUGUAUGAAACAGGACAUAGGUACGUGCAGCAUUGAGGCAAAGCAUUUCAACUAAUUAAAUGCCUAACUAAACUAUUGACUUCUGCCUACAUAAUGUCCAUCUUCCUCUUCUCUGCAAAUUCAUGUCUGUCUAAGAUACUUUUAAAAAUCUGAAUGGUAUUUGCCUGGCAGUGCAUUCCAGGUAGCUAUCACUCUAAAAUAUGAAGCUUGCCAUCACUCCCCACCCCCACCCAACACA